AUGGCCACCAUCAUCAACGGCCACAGCACCCACGGCGGGGGCAUCCCCCCUCCCGCCACCGACCCGGCCAUCUACGAAGAAUACCGGUUCAAAUGGUCCGUCCUGCCCUCGUCGGCCGACGAGUGGCUCGACCGCGCCGCCGACGUCAAAGAGGUGCUCGCGCGGGACGCCGCGAAGCGCGACCGCGAGAACAAGACGCCGCGGGCCGAGAUUGCGCUGCUGAAGCAUUCGGGGCUGCUGAAGGUGUUGGGGCCGCGGCAGUACGGGGGUGGAGGCCAGCCGUGGGCGGUGGGAUAUAAGGCUGUCAGGGAGGUUGCGAAGGGAGAUGGAUCGAUUGGCAUGCUGCUGGGCUAUCAUCUCCUCUGGAGCACGACGGCGAAUGUGGUGGGCACGGCGGAGCAGGCCGAGGCGCUGCAGGAGUACAUCGUUGGGAACAACCUGUUCCUCGGCGGCGCCGUCAACCCGCGCGACAACGACCUGAAGGUGACGUCCGAGGGCGACACGCUCGUGUGGAACGGGUUCAAGAACUUCAACACCGGCGGCGUCAUCUCCGACCUCACCGUCCUCGAGGGCGUGCUCGAGGGCGCCCCGGCCGGCGAGGACCACAUCUUCACCGUCGUCCGCACAGAGCAGCCCGGCAUCCAGUUCGCGUACAACUGGGACAACAUCGGCCUGCGCCUGACCGAGUCGGGCAGCGUCCGCAUCGACAACGUCGUCGUGCCGUGGUCGGACGCCCUGGGCUGGGACGCCAGCACGAGGAAGCCAAACCCGAACGUCCUGGGCAUCCCAUACGCCACAUUACUCCUACCAACCAUCCAACUCAUCUUCUCCAACUUCUACCUCGGCAUCGCGCAGGGCGCCCUCGACGCCGCCGCCGCCUACACGCGCAAAUCCACGCGCGCCUGGCCGUACGUCACGGGCGGCACGCGCAGCGACGCCAAGGACACGCCGCUCGACGAGUUCUACGUGCUCGAGCGCUACGGCCACUUCCACGCGCGCCUCGCCGCCGCCGACGCCCUCGCCGACCGCGCCGGCCACGCCGCCUCCAAGCUCUACGCCGCCUACAACCACCACGGCCACCGCGACACGGACACGCACAUCGACGUCGCCUUGCCCCACGACAGCAGCGCCGAAACCCUCACCCGCAUCGACGUCGCCCACCAGCACCGCACCGACAACCGUCCCCGCCUCACCGCCCGCCAGCGCGGCGAGUUCGCGGAACUCGUCGCCGCCGUCAAGGUCGUCACCACCGACGUCGGGCUCGAGGUGACGAGCGGCGUGUUUGAAGUCACGGGCAGCCGCGCGACGGCGGCGGGCGUGGGGCUCGAUCGCUUCUGGCGCGACGUCCGCACCCACUCGCUGCACGACCCCGUCGCGUACAAGCGCCGCGAGCUGGGCCGCUGGGUGCUGCUGGAUGAGGUGCCGGAGGUUACGUGGUAUACGUGA